AUGUCUUCUCGUCCCUCUUCACCCGCCAAUGGCCCCGCCGCGGCCAGCGGUUCCAGCAUCAGCCGACCUUCCUCUCCCACUCCUCCCGGCGGACCUCGAACUGCGAUCCGUCGACGUGCUGCCGCUGAUCAGAAGGAGAAGCUUGCCAAUGCCAGGCCAAGCAGCACACGGGCCGCUGGCGCUGGCGGCUCCAGCAGCACCAUGCUGAGACUUUACACCGACGAAUCUCCCGGACUGAAGGUCGACCCUGUUGUUGUUCUUGUCCUGUCCCUGGUUUUCAUCUUCUCCGUUGUUGCUCUGCAUAUCAUUGCCAAGAUCAGCCGCAAGUUUUCGAGCUAA